AGAUAAUAAUUUUCUUUCAUUGCGUGUGAUGUAAAACAAAAUAAAUUGUGAGAAGAGCCGGGCUAGCCGUGAAACGGAGUACUUUUCUUUGACGUUGCAUGGUUCCGUUUUGUGAUGCAAGUGUAUUUCGUUUAUUUUCGUGUUUUAUAAAAGAAAAAUAACGAUAUAAAUUGGAACAAUUAUUGUUACAAACAGGUGAACACUGAAAGGUUUUAUUGAGUGUGUUUAAUGAAAGUUUUUCUGAUGUUUUUCUAUGAAAAUUGCAAUUUGUAAACGAUAAUUUCGAAAACGAUCUAAUUUUCCGCGAAACAUAAAAUCUAUAAAACAAAGGACAGAAUUGAAGGAGUUUGUGGAGGGAAACAAUAAUCAGAAUUGAUACUGAGCACACCGGACAAUAAACGAUACAUUGCCGCGGCAAUAAGCAAAAACAAGACUGAUUUUGAGUAGUUUCACACAUAACUUUCGAUGUAUAGAUAACAAGAAGCCGGGAUAAGGCAAAAUGUUUAAGUUAUUAGGAGGGUUAAGUGUCUACUUCAAGUACCAGCCUAUUAGGACUGAUAAUGCAGUGUUCAGGCUGCACAAUGUGUUCACGACAGUGUUGUUACUCACGUGUUCCAUGAUCAUUACCGCGACGCAGUAUGUCGGGCAACCCAUCCAGUGCAUCGUCAGUGGCCUGCCCACAAAUGUGGUCAAUACAUUCUGCUGGAUUACGUCCACCUUCACCAUGCCUGAUGCUUUCGCCAGAGAGGUUGGCAAGGAGGUGGCGCACCCUGGUAUAGCGAAUGAGUACGACAGCACACAAGAGAAGAAGUACUACACGUACUACCAAUGGGUGUGCUUCGUGCUAUUCUUCCAGGCGAUAAUGUGCUACACGCCGAAGUUCCUAUGGGACGCGUUCGAGGGUGGUCUGCUGAGGACCAUCGUCAUGGGGCUGAACAUCGGCAUCUGCCACCCUGAGGAGAAAGAGAAGAAGAAGGAUGCCAUCAUUGACUACCUCAUGCGGUAUGAGCGGACGCACAAGCUGUACGCGCUGCGGUACUGGGGCUGCGAGCUGCUGUGUCUGCUGAACAUCGUGCUGCAGCUCUGGAUGAUGGACAGCUUCUUCAACGGGGAGUUCUUCUCGUACGGUACCAGGGUGCUGGGGUACAGCGAGGUGCCGCAAGAAGAGAGAUAUGAUCCAAUGAUCUACAUAUUCCCUCGCAUCACGAAGUGUACAUUCCACAAGUUCGGUGCGUCAGGCAGUAUUCAAACCCACGACAGUCUGUGCAUCCUGCCGCUGAACAUCGUCAAUGAGAAGACGUACAUCUUCCUGUGGUUCUGGUACAUCAUCCUAGCCAUCGUGCUGAGCCUCCUUGUCAUAUACAGACUGGUGAUAAUCUUCGUGCCGUCGGUGCGGCCGCGGCUGCUGCACGCGCGGUCCCGCACGCUGGCCAUGGAGACGGCCGUGCUGGUCUCGCGCCGCACCGACAUCGGCGACUGGUGGCUGCUCUACAUGCUCGCCAGGAACAUGGACCCGCUCAUAUACAGGGAACUAAUCUCUGAGCUAUCCAAGCGCAUGGGAGAGAAGCCGGGAGCGCGCGCGUGACGGCCGCCGCCCAGCGUCGCCGUACUGGGCGUCUGACACAUGCCUCCCCUUCCCCCAGCACAUUCCCGACCCCACCACUGGACAUCACAGGACUCCACAGGCAAAAUACCAUCGUAUUAUCUCAUGAAAACAUUUCUAAAUAAGACAUUCCAUGUAUUUUCGUCAUUACCCGCCUUUGGUACCUUAUUUACGCAACUUACUCGAAUUAUUCAAAGCUCAAAAACUAGGCAGUAUAAGGUUUCUUUUCCUAAGUAGACCGGUCUCAUAGACCAGUAGACUUGGUCUUUUGAACAGAUACCGGCAGUGGUUGGCUUAGAAACUCAUUCAAGGGUAAUUUCCUCUGCAAUGUAUCGUUUAUAUGUUGUAUAUUAACAGAAGAUAUAAUGAAAUACAGUUUGUGCUAAAAGAACCUUAUCCAGAGGUGAAAAUAAAAUAAGUUUAAAGUGGUCUAUUUGAAAUAAUACUUUUUUAAACAUAGAUUGACGGACAUUGCUAUUUUGACGUUGAUAAUGAAAAUGCUUGUUUGACUUGGAAAGGAAAUUGAAAUUAUAAAUUGCGACAUAAAAUACAAAUCAGCUCGAAUGAGCUAUAUAUAAAAUGGAUUAAGUUUGAAGAUCUAUUAUUAUUUCAAAUAGAUUAAAUAAUGUUUUUCAGCUGUAGUCGACAUUAGUCAAUUACUUGCCCGAUUUUUGCAAUAAAAGUAGUAAAUGCGUUUCACGACAGCAUAGUUUUUACCUUAUUGAUAUGGAUAUAGGGUUCAAAUUGCAUAUGUUGUCGUGGAAUGCAUUACUUAUAGUAUAGAAUACUCUUAGGACAUCACAAUAGAUGCUAUAAUGUAUUAAUAAGAGAUUUAAAAAAGUUUAUGGCCAUAAAUUAGUUGAUUAUCCAGACUUCGACUGGUAAUAUUAGCCAAUGAAGGUUUUCGUUGUGCGCUCAAGAGAUGGCGGUAGUGGCGUAAGGUCCUAUUAAACCUCAGCUGACAGAAGUUGAUAGACUAAUGAUGGUCAAUAGACCUUAAGCUAUACCAGCGCCUCUAGUGACGCGAAAACCUUCAUUAGUUUGUUCGGUUAGUUCUAGUUUAUUCGUCCGAAAUAUACUAAAAUCACAAAACAGGAAAUCUCUAGGAAAUCUGAUUUUUAUCGAUUAUAUUUUUAAGGUUACAGAUCUAAUUCAUAUUUUUAUUUUGAUAUGACUUUAGAUGUCUGUUAAACAACGAAAUAGUACCUACGUUAUUGUAUCUUUCUAACAAUUAAUCUUUAUUAUUUCUUUUUUAUGAGGCAAUGUUUAUGUCAAUGGCUUAGGCAAGCUGAGCUACAAACAAUAAUAGUCUUUAGUGACAUCACUGCCAAUGAAAUCUCUAAAUAUUUCUCUCUUUUUGAUCUGAAACUCAUUUUUACUUUAAUUUCUAUCUCUACUGAGAUCUGAUAGUUGGAGAGAACAAGAACUAGAAAUUUUACGAUACAUUACUGUCAUAACAUAACCAUUAAAACUAUUUUACCUUAGAAAAGUAUCACUGUACGUCAUGAGCUAUUGCUGUGCCAAAACUUCAUCCAAAAUGAUUCAGCAGUUUCUGGAUAUGAUUCCAUCAUCACAAUUAAUAUAAAUUAUAAUCUGUUGCUAAUUGUAUCGUAAGAGUGUAAAAUGUUUUUGCAUCUAUUGAUCUUUUUAAAAAUACAUUUUAUUCGACAUUUUUAAUGCAUAUCAUGUAGUAAUUUUUAUGUAGGUAACUUACCUAUAGUUAUUUUACAAUUAUUUUAAAGUUCUCAUAAACUCCGACAGUUGUUUUAAAAUUAGUUCAAUCAAAUCUAAAUAAUUAUUACAUGUAAACAUUUUCUUUUAUACAUCAAAAUGACCAUCACAACUUACAGCACAAAUCUUUAUUUAAUGUAGCAACAUUUGUUUUAUACACAUUUUUUCGUAUUGGCAACUCUAAAUUGGAAAUCUCGUCUUUUGAGAUUUGAUCAAAAACGUUGUAUAGUAUCUAAUAAUGAGAAGCACUGACAUGAUCAUAUGGACUGGAAAUGUAUGGCCUUAACUAUUAGACUUGUAUGAAAUGUAACGUGUGGAAAUGUAUGGACUUGUAUGGUGUACACCUGGUUGUAUGGUGUAACUGUCAAAUAUCAGAUAAGUAAGUGUUGUGUGUCUACGGCCUUUGUAUUUGGAUAUUUCCAACUUUUAUACUUGUAUGUAGUCAGUGAUAUUGUAUUAUUUGUGUAUUUAUUACAUUAUAGUAAUUAGCUUUACGAAUUUUGAUGUGAAAAAAUAUAUCAUUUAGUUUUUUCUCAAUGUGACGGUGCCGCCACCUGGCGGGGCCAUGCUAAUCGUAACUAGUGUUGUGAUCCUCUGACUGUCGGUGUUCAUUUUUCGUAAAAAUUAUAAACUCCUUUAUAUUGGAGAUGUUUUUAGCAUUUUAGCUCUUUUGCGCGUUAAAAGUUGACUUUUUUAGAUGAAUUGUUAAGUUUUAAUAUGAUAUCAUUUUGUCAUUAAAGGCUCUCUUCUAGAUUGUGCCAGGGAGCAAUAUCAUAGCUCCAUUGUCAUCUCAUCAAGUAAACGUGUUGUUAAACUGUUAAUAUUUAAAAACCGACUUAGACAAGAAGUGAAUAAAGUUGAAAUUACUCUAACUUCACUCAUGAUCACAUUUCCAUAAACUGUUUACUAUGUAUACGUAUAAGUAAAUAAGUAAAGCCUUACGAUGCGCUCAAGAUAAUGCCAUAUAACUAAUAUCAGGAUCACAAAAGUAUAUCUGUAUAUUUAGUAAUUUUAAUAUACGUUAGAAUUAUUAUUUUACGUGCGAUUUGCGUACGCAACGCACGAGUUCCAUUUUAGUGAUGUUUUGAUACUGAAAAUUACGCAAAUGUCGACUUUAAGGCCCCUGAAAAACUAAGGGAUGAGGGAAAAAGUCGUGUAACACAAUGACAGCGUUUUUCAGUGUAUGACAAGUAGUGUUUCGAUUACAGACAGUAUGUAAAUAGUGAAUUUAAUAGUUUAUACGUAUGUUCCUAACAGACGAUUAAUUUUAGUUAAACAAUUUAGGAAAUAGGUUGUGUUCAAGACAGGGCCGUGACUAGGACGGUGCUAAGAGAAACCAGGUAAAGAUCACAGGACUUUCUGUAGAAUUCCUUUGCCUAAGGUAACUGAGCGUCCAAACUCCUAGUUACGGUACUGUCAAAGAAAAAAAUCAUCGUUUCUCACCAUGGACUAAGGUUGCCAUUCUCAAAAAAUACUUUCUCCUAAUUUGAAUUUGAUUUUUUUUAUUCUAAUUGAGAUUUUUUAAGUGGCAACCCUUGUCUAUUUGGCGCCUUUUUGACUAUUUUAUGAUGUAACGCGUGUCAUGGGAGAGUGAUAUUGGAAUGCAUCACGAAUGUACUACAUUUUGGUUGUUUAAGAAAAUUAGAAAUAAGUUAAGAAUGAAGCAUUUAUUAUAUUUAGUUUAACAACUUUGUGUUAUUAUUUAUAUACUCUGUACGAUAUGUUCUCGAAUUAAGACAUUAUUUUGUAAGUUUCAUAAACAUUUUUUUAUUUUGUUCUUCUUUUUUGUCAGAAUGAAUGUAUUUUCUUAUGAAAGAUGGUUUAAAAUCUGUUUGUUCUCUAUGAAAUCUGUUCUCUUCUCAAUGAAAUAGUUUUUUCGCUAAAAUAUGAAUACGAAUAUGAUAUUAUCGCAUUAGUAUUGAUAUUUUAAAGCCUACUUCAAAGUACUCUUCCAAGCUAUCCAUUAGUGGUAUAAAAGAAAGUUGCAUGAAAGUAUAAAAUAUGGUGAUUAUUUUAUCUAGAUGUAUGUAAAACAGUAAUUGUUUGUAAGUAUAGCUGUUAGAAGACGCGGCGUUUCAUUUUCAGAUGAAUUAUACAAAUAUUAUUCUUUUA